AUGCCCACCAAUAGCAGCGCGCCGGUCGCUGCCGAGAAUGAGCGCUACAUCUGGUUCACCAAUUCAAAAACUUCCACAGGCAUGCAUGAUCUGCCACAUAAUGUCCAUAUUCAGAGUCAUGUGCAGAAGCGGAAUCUCAACAUGGCAAUUAUUGACUCAGACGCGAGAUACGAGGAUCCUAGCAUAGCUACUCUUCCUUCCUUCGACAAGAACGCGUGGUACUAUCCCUCUCAUGGGGAUGCUAACGACGACGUUCGGUUCACUUCUGUUAUGGGCAAUUGGGGACGUAAGAGCAUACAUGAUGCGAGGUGGAUUCGCAAAGGCAAGCUUGCGGCAUGGGGUCCUGGACUGGAAGAUUGGGAGAUUGAGGAGCGUGCAAGAAAACGUAUCAGACUAUUGGUGUCUCAAGAGCCCGAACACUCCCCGCCUGCUACAAUACCCUACUUACGGUCUCCUUCGCCUCCUCUUAUGGCCCCGUACCCCACUCCGAGCGCACAACACCUUUCCUACACAUCCUUUGUCAUGGACAAGGCAGUGACGAGCUCCUUUCGGUCACGGUUGCUCGACGAAUUGGAGAGCGCCACAAACAAUCUUAUUGAGGGUGAAGCUUCCAUGCGGCGGGCGCUAGGCAGGCUUUGGCAAGCAAUGAGCGAGGACCCGGAACAGACACCGGGCGAGGCUCCAGUAGUCCCGAAGCGCGAGGACGAGGGCGAUGAGGAAGAGGAAAGAGAGCGGCGAUUGGCGCACAUACCGGACUUGACCCCAGUCGUCCACAAACUAUUUCUCUCGAUACCAGACUCAACAACGCCAACGUACGACGAUGGGCACAUGGCACAUCCUGACAUUCAACUGGAGAAUCUUGAGAAAUCGCUUGCAACUCUACGCGAGCUUCAGGACGAUGGGCGCGAGUAUGUUGAGCGACUGGAGGAGAUUAGGGAUGGAUUGGGCAAUGUCCGUACACAACGGAAUGGGGUGUGGGACUUAGUGCGCAAAAAAGCGAUUAAGGAGCUACAGGGUGUAGCCUCGAACUGUGCUUCUGCGUUAUAA